GCUGCCGACAUGAAGUUCGUCAUAGUAUUCGCCACCCUAGCAGCGUUCGCGAACGGGGGUACUGUGCCUGCUGUGGCAGUACCCGUCGUGGAAGGAGAGGGCACCAGCACCCACUACAAGUCGGAAGAUGGCCUAGGGAACUAUCAGUUCGGCUACGACAUCUCCCACACAUCCGGCGGUAACUUCCACAAGGAAACUGGCUCUGCUGGUUACAAGGCUGGUUCUUACGGUAUCCGCGACGCCGACGGACGCGUCCGUGUCGUGAACUACGUUGCUGACGAGAACGGCUUCCGCGCUGACGUCCAGACCAACGAACCAGGAGUCGAACCCAAAGAUCCAGCCCACGUCACCAUCAACAAGACUCCUUCGGUCGCACCUGUGCCGUCUGUCGCCUUUAACCUUCCCGUACAACCCCUGGUGACCGUUCAGAAACCAGCAUCAGUCGUCCUCGUUCCUCCCAAGACCACCGUCGUCGAAAAGACGGUCGCUCCUGGAUCCGUAGUGGCAGCUCCUCUGGUCUUCCAGCCAAACUACCCAGUCGUGCCCGGACGUGUCCCCGCACCAGCCCAUUUCGUGUCCUCGCCCUACGACGUUUACGGUCAAUACGCUCUACCCCAGUACCCGUACUAUGCCCCGUACGGUGCCGGAUACCCUGCUGGUUACCCCGCUUAUUACAACUACGCGUACCCCAAGGCACCCGUCUCCAACGUCGUUUCUUAUGAACGCGUAGUUGCUCCCCAGAGGGUUGUUCCGUACCCUGGACAAGUCCAGUUCGUGCAGCAUGCACCAUCUCUGCACCUCCUCAACCCAUGGGACCGGAAGUAGUUUUGGAAAGCGAGAAGAAACCCAAACUGGUGGCAUUGUGGCAAUACUGUUCGAAGGACCGGACGAAGUGGUGUGAAUGAUUCUUCUUUGACUGAUCUCCUCCUAUGUUUUCGUGUCGUUCGUGACACUGUUUGCUUGUUGUGCGCUUUUUGUUAAGCGUAUUUAUUCUGCACUGCCCCGUUAUUCACCUGUCUGCUGUUGUGUCUGUUAAAUUGGUCGAUAAAAUAA